UGUCCUCUCCUUUUGAUCUUGAUAACACGUUGGGCGCGGCUCUCAUUGGGGUGGUCGUCUCAGCAACGUUGUAUGGAGGCUCCGUCGUCCAAGUCUGGUAUUACUACGGGCACCAGAACGAUGGCUGGCCGAUAAAAUGGCUUGUCGGUGCCGUCAUUAUGUUCGACACCAUCCACCAAGCUCUCAUUACGCAUACGUGAUAUACGUACACAGUGACGAACUGGGGCAACCCCCCUGAGCUUCAAAGAAUCGUACGGAGCAUGCUGGUCGAGGUCCUAUUCAACGGGUUCACGGCCUUCCUCGUUCAGAGGUUCCUGACCAUGCGGGUGUGGCGGUGGAGCAAUCGUAAAUUGCUGCUGACAGGCGUCGUCGUCAUUUUGGUCUUUGGCGAGUUUGGUUGCGUUAUAGGCUUUACCGCACUGUCGCUCCAACUCGAGACGUACGAAGAAUUGAAGCAACUCAAGGGGUUAUCGAUCCUCGUCAAUGCCCUGGCGGCCGCUGGAGACGUUCUCAUCGCAGGCACCCUGUGCACCCUGCUCCACCUUUCACGCACCGGUUUCCACAGGUCAGAUACGAUGAUCAACAAGCUCGUCCUCUUCGCAGUGAACACCGGCGUCCUUACCAGGCUCUGCGCCAUUGCUUCUCUCAUAUCGGUCGUCGUCGUCGGCGACACCUUCCUCUACAUCGCGUUCUUCUUCUGCAUCGGCCGCUGGUACACCAACUCUCUUCUCGCGACGCUCAACGCGCGCAAGAUGAUUCGCGGGUCCGCGGACGGCGUCCAUAGCACGAGCGAGAAUCUGACGCUGUCCUUGCGAGAGUUUCCCAAGACCGGCACCAUGGGAUCCAGGGGUCCGGCCAAUAUCUCUAUCAAAAUAGACACGACCAAGGAGUUUGCGACGGAUCGCGACUCUGACCGAGAAAACGACCUCGAGAAGACGGAGGUGAGGGCUGGCUACCAUAUGCCACAACGCGUCCAUGGGUUGAAAUUCGAAGACAAGGAAGAUAACCCUGUGUGAU